AGCGGCCCCGACUCCUGCAGCCUCGCCCAGCAUCAUGAGUGGCCGAGUCGGAGACCUGAGUCCCAAGCAGGCAGAGACCCUAGCCAAGUUUCGAGAAAAUGUCCAGGAUGUGUUGCCAGCUCUGCCAAACCCUGAUGACUAUUUCCUCCUGCGCUGGCUCCGAGCUCGGAAUUUUGACCUGCAGAAAUCAGAGGCCAUGCUCCGCAAGUACAUGGAAUUCCGGAAGACCAUGGACAUUGACCACAUCCUUGACUGGCAACCCCCAGAGGUGAUCCAGAAGUACAUGCCGGGGGGACUGUGUGGUUACGACCGUGAUGGCUGCCCUGUGUGGUAUGACAUCAUUGGGCCACUUGACCCCAAGGGGCUGCUCUUCUCAGUCACCAAGCAGGACCUGCUCAAGACCAAGAUGAGGGACUGUGAGCGCAUCCUGCAUGAGUGUGACCUGCAGACUGAGCGGCUUGGGAGGAAGAUUGAGACCAUUGUGAUGAUAUUUGACUGUGAAGGCCUGGGACUGAAGCACUUCUGGAAACCUCUGGUAGAAGUGUACCAGGAGUUCUUUGGCCUCCUUGAAGAGAAUUACCCAGAAACCCUGAAGUUCAUGCUGAUUGUGAAAGCCACCAAACUGUUCCCUGUGGGCUACAACCUUAUGAAGCCCUUCCUGAGUGAGGACACUCGUAGAAAAAUUGUAGUGUUGGGCACCAACUGGAAGGAAGGUUUGCUGAAGCUCAUCAGUCCUGAGGAACUGCCAGCUCAGUUUGGGGGGACCAUGACUGACCCAGAUGGGAACCCCAAAUGUUUGACUAAGAUCAACUAUGGUGGGGAGAUUCCCAAGUCCAUGUACGUGCGGGACCAGGUGAAGACUCAGUAUGAGCACUCAGUGCAGAUCAGCCGUGGCUCCUCGCACCAGGUGGAGUACGAGAUCCUAUUCCCAGGCUGUGUCCUCAGGUGGCAGUUCUCAUCUGAUGGUGCCGACAUCGGCUUUGGGGUUUUCCUGAAGACUAAGAUGGGGGAGCGGCAGCGGGCAGGGGAGAUGACAGAGGUGCUGGCCAGCCAGCGUUACAAUGCCCACAUGGUGCCCGAGGACGGCAGUCUCACCUGCUCGGAAGCUGGCGUCUAUGUCCUGCGCUUUGACAACACCUAUAGUUUUGUCCACGCCAAGAAGGUCAGCUUCACAGUGGAGGUGCUGCUCCCGGACGAGGGCAUGCAGAAAUACGACAAGGAGUACACCCCUGUCUAGAGGGCGCCCUGCCUUCUCAGGGACCCCUGACCCUCUGCUUUCUCUCUCUGUAUAUCCGAUGCUUCACCCAGAAAUUGAUCAUUCGUCUUCUUGACUCUGACAUUAUUGAGUAGAAAAAGAGCUGCCUUGAGGCUGGUUCAUAUGCUGUGGUCAGAUUAGGAAAGCUGUGAGAGGCACAGUGUUAGAGGAGGUUAAGGUUGCAGAAGAGGAAGAAGCAAGAGUAAAAGCAAGAGGGGUGUGUCACUAAACCCGAGAACUAGGGAAAUGAAUCCCCUAAUCUUUGUCCUCCUUCUAAGGCGUUGGUGUGUGUUUGAAUUUAUUUUCCAUGAACUAUGAGCAACUUGGGUUGGAGAUGUAUCUAAAUUUGUUGUACUUCUAUUUACUUCCUUUUAUUGUAGAUGCUCUGUAUAUACUUGAAUGGAGGUAUAUAGUUGAAUGGAGGUAGGGAGUGGGUGAUUCCUAGGUAUGCAUGACUAAAAAGAGACCAAUGGGAGCAGAUUUCAGCACCGCGGACAGGGACAGACCUUUGAAGGAAAUGGGCUCUCCUGGAGACCCAGGAGCUCAAACCCCAGAUUUCUGAUAGUGGCUGCCUCCUUGGAAAGCUUACAUCAGGCUUUAUCUGGCUUGGGGCCCACAGUUUCCCCAAAACAUCGCUCUCACCCUUUACACCUUCUCUAUACUUUGUAUAUUCUAAGCAACUGAAGGCACAUUCCUGGAAGCAAAGGUAGUCAGAUCUGGCUCUAGCUGUUGUCUGGCAAUAACAACAACAAAAUAAAAAUCACAGCUAUU